AUGUUUGGUGUAAAUAGCAAUAUUAAUCAACUCACUAAUUUAGUUGCUGAGAUUCAACCUCAUAUUGUUGCAUUAACAGAAACAUGGCUUAAGCCUAUUAUUAACAACUCUUUAUUUAAUCUAGAUAACUAUACAAUUUUCAGACGAGAUCGUAACGUUACUCACUCAGACACCGGUCGACUACUAAAAGGCAGAGGUGUCGCUUGUCUAAUCCAUAGAACAUUAAAAGCUACAUUACUACACAUAUCUACCUCGGAUCACCUUAAUGAACCUGAAUUUUUGAUUAUUGAUAUAACUUCAACAUCUGGUUCUCAUAUUAUACUAUCAGUCAUAUAUAGAAGACCGGGAGGAAAUCUUUUAAAUUUCUUUGAUAUCCAUUCAAAAUUAACUACAAAAUACAAAAAUUUCAUUAUUACAGGCGACCUAAACUGUGACCUAUUAGAUUCAACUUAUACCUCCAAUCACCUAAAAACAUUUAUCUCAGAACUAUCAAUUCAUUGCGUACCUUACAACUCAACUCAUCAUAUUAGGAAUAAAGAUUCUUGA